CGCGCUCGCGCUGCUGGAGCUGCGGUCACGAGCCUUAUCCAGUAUCCGAGCUCCGAAGUGGAGGCUGGAGAAUCCGAACGGCAUCCCAUCCACCUAACUGCGCCGAUCCGUCCGUGAGGCCGCUCCCGAGAGCAGGGCAGUGUGGCAGGGCAGUGUGGCACGUUUGCGGCGCCUGGUCCGGUAGUGCUGAUCCGCGCUGCGGUGAUGUAUGCAUCCUUUCAAGGAUACUGCUAGGCAGCUAGCUAGCUAGCUGGUAGUCUAGCUUUGCAGUGCGUGACUGAAAGUAUUCAUAUUUGUUUCGCGUUAAUUCUCCAUCUCCUCUUUACUGUAACUCACACUAAAGACACGGACGGUGUAGGAUCGGCACCGGGCCUACACACAACCUGUGCCCCUCCAAUCCCAGCCCGGAGGAAUUGAAUGAAAUAGCUGUGGUAGCUAGCGGAAACGUACUGGGGAAACGGCUGGAGCAGUACUGUCCGUCAGUAAGCCUCCUUCCACUAGUCUGUACCUGUGACAAACCCACAGACACGGGGAGAAGACAAGGCCUGCGUCCAGAAGACCGCUCCUGGAGCCACUGACAGCGGCACAUCGAUACCAGUUCCCGGAGAAGAGCGAGUAAGGACAGAAGCUGCCAAAAUGCCCGCUGUGUCCAAAGGAGACGGAAUGCGCGGAUUAGCCGUGUUUAUCUCAGACAUCAGAAACUGUAAGAGCAAAGAAGCUGAGAUUAAAAGGAUAAACAAAGAGCUGGCUAAUAUCCGCUCUAAGUUUAAGGGUGAUAAAGCUCUGGAUGGCUAUAGUAAGAAGAAGUAUGUGUGCAAGCUGCUCUUCAUCUUCCUCCUGGGCCAUGACAUUGACUUCGGACACAUGGAGGCCGUCAACCUGCUCAGCUCCAACAAGUACACUGAGAAGCAGAUUGGUUACUUAUUCAUUUCGGUGCUGGUGAACAGUAACAGCGAACUCAUCCGCCUCAUCAACAAUGCUAUCAAGAAUGACCUGUCCAGCCGCAACCCCACCUUCAUGUGCCUGGCCCUUCACUGCAUAGCGAACGUGGGCAGCCGCGAGAUGGCCGAAGCUUUUGCCAGUGAGAUCCCACGCAUCCUGGUGGCCGGAGACACCAUGGACAGUGUGAAGCAGUCUGCUGCCCUGUGUCUGCUGCGGCUCUACAAGACCUCUCCAGACCUGGUGCUCAUGGGGGAGUGGACGUCACGGGUGGUGCACCUGCUCAAUGACCAGCACAUGGGUGUGGUGACAGCAGCUAUUUCUCUGAUCACCUGUCUGAGCCAGAAGAACCCCGAUGAGUUCAAGACGUGUGUGUCCCUGGCCGUGUCCAGACUCAGCCGGAUCGUGUCCUCCGCCUCCACAGACCUUCAGGACUACACAUACUACUUUGUGCCCGCUCCCUGGCUUUCCUGUAAGCUCCUGCGCCUGCUGCAGUGCUACCCUCCACCUGAAGAUGGUGCUGUGAAGGGCCGGCUAGUGGAGUGUCUGGAGACCAUCCUCAACAAGGCCCAGGAGCCCCCUAAAUCCAAGAAAGUGCAGCACUCCAACGCAAAGAAUGCCAUUUUAUUUGAGGCGAUAUCGCUCAUCAUCCACUACGACAGCGAGCCCAACCUGCUGGUGCGGGCCUGUAACCAGCUCGGUCAGUUCCUGCAGCACAGGGAGACUAACUUGCGCUACCUGGCCUUGGAGAGCAUGUGCACCCUGGCCAGCUCUGAGUUCUCCCACGAGGCUGUGAAGACCCACAUCGAGACAGUCAUCAAUGCCCUCAAGACUGAGAGGGAUGUGAGUGUACGGCAGCGGGCGGCUGACCUCCUAUAUGCCAUGUGUGACCGCAGUAACGCCAAGCAGAUUGUGGCUGAGAUGCUCAGCUACUUGGAGACAGCAGACUACUCCAUCAGGGAGGAGAUGGUGCUCAAAGUGGCCAUCUUGGCAGAGAAAUAUGCGGUGGACUACUCAUGGUACGUGGAUACCAUCUUGAACCUGAUCCGGAUUGCUGGCGACUACGUGAGUGAAGAGGUGUGGUACCGCGUCAUCCAGAUCGUCAUCAACCGCGACGACGUGCAGGGCUAUGCCGCCAAGACUGUCUUUGAGGCUUUGCAGGCUCCUGCGUGUCAUGAGAACAUGGUCAAAGUGGGGGGUUAUAUUUUGGGGGAAUUUGGAAACCUCAUUGCUGGAGAUCCUCGCUCUAGCCCUCUGGUCCAGUUCAACCUCCUCCACUCUAAGUUCCACCUGUGCUCCGUGCCCACCCGCGCCCUCCUGCUGUCAGCCUAUAUCAAGUUCAUCAACCUGUUUCCAGAGACAAAGGUGACCAUCCAGGAGGUGCUGCGCUGUGAUAGCCAGAUCCGAAACUCUGAUGUAGAGCUGCAGCAGCGCGCUGUGGAGUAUCUCAAGCUGUCCUCCAUCGCCAGCACUGACGUCCUGGCCACAGUCCUGGAGGAAAUGCCCCCAUUCCCUGAGCGAGAGUCCUCCAUUCUAGCAAAGCUUAAAAAGAAGAAGGGCCCCGGAGCCGUGUCUGUGACAGAGCUGGAUGACAGUAAGCGAGAGGGAGGAGAGCUGAAUGGAGGAGGAGAGCGAGCGGCUGACACAGCAGCUAUGGCUGCCUCCAACGCAUCCACCCCAUCCCCCUCAGCCGAUCUGCUGGGUAUACGCUCCUCUGCACCUAUGGGUGCUGCCCCAGCUGCUGCAGGGAGCCUGUUGGUAGAUGUGUUUUCUGAGGCGGGGCCAGCCGCUCCUGCUGCUGCUGUAAAUAAUGAUGGCUUCCUCAGCUCCUCUGCUCCUCCCUCUGAGGAUCCUGCUCCUCCUCUGCCUGACGCAGAUGAACUCCUCAACAAGUUUGUGUGCAAAAACAAUGGAGUGCUGUUUGAGAAUCAGCUCCUGCAGAUCGGAAUCAAGUCUGAGUACCGCCAGAACCUGGGCAAGAUGUACUUAUUCUACGGCAACAAGACGUCGGUGCAGUUUGCCAGUUUCAGCACCACUGUGAGCUGUCCAGGAGAGCUGCAGUCUCAGCUGAACGUGCAGUCUAAACCAGUGGAGCCUCUGGUGGAGGGUGGAGCUCAGAUCCAGCAGGUCCUGAACAUCGAGUGUCUGUCUGAUUUCUCGGAUGCCCCACUGCUCAACAUAAAGUUCAGGUACGGAGGAGCUCUUCAGAAUCUGACCCUCAAACUCCCCGUCACCAUCAACAAGUUCUUUCAGCCAACGGAGAUGACCUCACAGGACUUCUUCCAGCGCUGGAAACAGCUCAGCCAGCCUCAGCAGGAAGCCCAGAAGAUUUUCAAGGCCAACCAUGGCAUGGACACAGAGGUUAUUAAGGCUAAGUUACUGGGACUAGGGUCAGCCCUGCUGGACAACGUGGAUCCAAACCCAGAGAACUACGUGUGUGCCGGAGUCAUCCAGACCAAAGGCCAGCAGGUGGGCUGUCUGCUCAGACUGGAGCCCAAUGCCCAGGCACAGAUGUACCGUCUGACUUUGCGCUGCAGCAAAGAGUCGGUGUCCAAGCGCCUGUGCGAGCUCCUGUCCCAGCAGUUCUAAAGCCCCUCCCCCCUCCUCCCUCCUCAGAGUCUAUAAGUAAAGAAUUAUGUACAUGACAUAAGGGAAAGGCAGCCCCUGCUCGCUGCAGCGGCCAUAUAACUCUCAUUGCUCUCCCACUUUUUUGGAUUUCAAUUUUUUCUCUAUCAAUAUUGGACAUUCUGUUUUUGUUGGUGUUUACUGGUGUGUGUAUGUGUGUCCGGAGUGUGCGUGUGUGGACCAUAUCCUGACCCCAUUCCAACCAUCACUGCAAAAAUAAAUCUGUUAUCUAAGAGUUUAAAUAGAUUGAAUUCAGAAUAUCUGCCUUCUUUGAGUAAUUUUGACUACUUUUGAUUCAUUUAGUUGGAAGAUUUUAUUCCAGAUUACUUUAAUUUUGCUAAAUAUUUCAGAUUUCAACAAUAUGUGAUCAUUUCUAGGCAAAAUUGAUCGCAGAUGGAGAGAUUUUUUAAAGAGAUUUUUUUUUUCAAUAUUUCAAGUGCAAUUCUGUUACUAGAAAUUACAAAGAAUUGUUAUUAGUAAUGGGAUAAUUUAGUCUUGAAUUAACUGUACUGAAGACCAGCCAGUAAAUGCCAUUAAAAACACAAAUUUAAAUAGGUCAAAACUACUCAAGUUUAAGAAAAACAUUUUAAAGAAUCCUGGUCCUUUUUCGUAUGUUUUUGCAGUCAAUUAGUGUGUUUGUACCCUAGUUAAACAUUCCCCUGAAGUGAAUGGGGCACAUCUCUUCCGCACACACGCACUUAUCCCCUGAACCUGCCCCGCACUAUCAGAAGCGAUCAGACCAUGUCCACCCGCCCGCUCCAAGUCCUCCGAAACAAGUCUUUAUUCCUGUGUGGUUCCACUAUUGUAAAUAUGUGCCAGUAUAGGACUUUGUCACAUUCCGAUGAGGUUGCGUGCGGGGACAGUAGUAGGGUUUAAAAUGAAGGAGCUCCAGUGUUUUUGGGGCUUGGGCAUCCAUUCCACUUUUUGAUUUCAAAUGGCACUAUCUGACCUAGACCGCACUGCAAAAAACGAAAAUCUAACAUGGCUUAAAAUUAUGUCAGAAUAUUCGUGUUGAUUUGAAUUGAGGUAACUUGUAUAGAUUUGUUGAUUGAACUGUUUGAACUUGUUUACAUUGUGUUUUAUUUCAAGCUAUUUCAAUGUUAGAAAUGCAUAAAUAGGUUAGUUUUAGUUUUUUUGUUUUUGUCAUGAUUUGAGUAGUUUUGGACUCAUCUUAAAGUGAGAUUACCAAAGCAUUAUUCCACUUAAAAAAUCAAAAUUAAAAUCACGAAAUAAUAAUAAUAAAAAAUUGUUUUCCUCAAAUCAAGAUAAAUAUUCUGGUUAAAUCUGCAUUACGUAACCUUUCUGAUGAGGGAUCUAUCACUUGCUUGUAUCCAUGGAAAUAUUAAAGAUUUGCCUGAAAUAUGGCACAGUGGCAUUUAUUCACUUAUCGGUGGUUGAUGGCAAUAAACAUGUGAACAGGGUCGCCUCUCCACAGAUUUGACCUGUAACUUGGUCUCUGCUUUCUGUUUGUCUCCAUAGAGAUAGGUAAUGUUAUACUGAGGCACAUUCCAGGCAAAUCAUUAACAUCAACAUGAAGAGGUGUUGCACUAUAUUGUAUUAUUUUGCGAUAUAGCUGUUAAGAACUACGAUAUUUAAAUACACUUUUUGACACAAUAAUUUCAGUUCUAAUAAAACAAAAAACAUUAGUUUUGUAGUGAUACUCAAAAUAAAAACUGAGUUCAUUGCGAUAUCGAUUAUUAGGGAUGGGAAAUAUAUUGCUUCCAGUGUUGGUAUCGGCCAAUAUUGAUACGAUUCUUCAAUAUUGCCUGAUAUCAAUCCUCGAUGCUGAUUUUUUUUUUUUCCCGGCUCUUCCCCAUUGUCUGUGCCCUUGCUGAGCAGACUCAUGAGAAACAAUGGACAUAGAAGAGGAUUAUAUGGCUGUAACAAACAUGUCACAAUUUAUAUCCCAGAUAAAUACAUGUUAUUUUUACAAAAAAGAAAAGUAAGUUGAAGUAACAAUCACAUAUUAAUUUGUACACCUCACGAUAGAUUUUAAAAACUAAAUAUCGGUAUGACGAAUAUUGGCUAAUAUCAGAUAUCAUAUUGGCUCAAAAAAUCCAUAUCGACCCAUCCCUAUUGAUUAUGGCAUCAGUCAAUAUUGUAAUAUUUUUACAAUAUAUUGUGCAGCUCUAAAGUGAUCACUAUUGCAUCUUUAAGUCACUGAAAUGAUAUAGCUGAUUGUUUUUUGCAGUGCAUCCGUGCGUCGAUUCCAUAGGUUGUUCAUUUCAUUUGUUUGUUUUGUGUGUGGUGUGAAUGUGAUUACAAUAUGAACUGGACUUUUUCUGACAAAUGCGUGCUGACGUUCUAUUGUGGGGCUGCAGAGCAAUCAUAGGACAUGUAAAGUGCUAGUGUAAAACUGUAGUCUCCCGUGUUGUGUGCGUGAGUGCGUCUGUGCGUUCGUGUCUAUGCAGUUACCAUAGCGACCGCAGCCUCCUGUAUUGGUGUUCGGACCUGUCCAAUACAUGUGUUAGAAUUAAGAUUUACUCUGUAAUGAAAAAAUGUGAAUUAAAAAUCUGCCAUAUAGUCA